AUGGUACGCUUCCAGCGAAAAGAAGAAACAGUGCACAUUGAUUGCGGGAGGCUUCUGUACGACAACAACGGGAAUUAUUCGAAAAGUCUAGCAGUAUCACGUCCUACGCUCGCAGAUCAAGACCUGCAGAUGAGUUGCGAACAUAUUCGAGCUCGAGUGCUUCCUCCGAAGCCACUUGAUCGAUUAAAAUUUGGAGUAGCGCAUAUACGAUUAGUGUACGAGAGUUACGAAUUCAUCGAGGAUGAACUUAGAUCAAGCUAUCAUCCGCAGAAUAUCUUUUGUUAUUCUAUCGAUUAUAAAGCAAAGCAGGAAUUCAUAGAGAAGAUAGAGAGCACUCGCACAAUCGUUUUGUCGUCGAAAGACAUGGAAUUAAUGGAACUCGCGCACAUUACGAAUGUAUGA